UUCGCUCAUCCCAAGCCCGGAGGGCGAGGGGCAGGCGAGAGGCGGCAGCCGCCCUCCCGCUCCUCCUCUUCCUGCAGCCGCCGCCAUGGCGCCGCGCCGCGCUGCCGCCUGCCUCCUGCCGCUGCUGCUGGCCGCGGCGGCGAGCGCGGGGCUGGGCGGCUACUUCGGCACCAAGUCCCGCUACGAGGAGGUGAACCCGCACCUGGUGGAGGACCCGCUGUCCCUGGGGCCCGUCGCCGCCGGGGCGCGGCUGCCCGCCGCCUGCGCCCCGCUGCAGCUCCGCGCCCUGCUCCGCCACGGCACCCGCUACCCGACGGCCGGGCAGAUCCGCCGCCUGGCCGAGCUGCACGGCCGCCUCCGCCGCCGCCCGGCCGCCGCCGCCGCCUGCCCCGCCGCCGCCGCCCUGGCCGCCUGGCAGAUGUGGUACGAGGAGAGCCUCGACGGGCGGCUGGCGCCGCAGGGCCGCCGCGACAUGGAGCACCUGGCCCGCCGCCUGGCCGCCCGCUUCCCCGCGCUCUUCGCCGCCCGCCGCCGCCUGGCGCUGGCCAGCAGCUCCAAGCACCGCUGCCUGCAGAGCGGCGCCGCCUUCCGCCGCGGCCUCGGGCCGUCCCUCAGCCUCGGCGGCGACGAGGCGGAGAUCGAGGUGAACGAUGCCUUGAUGAGGUUUUUCGAUCGCUGCGACAAGUUCAUCGCCUUGGUGGAGGAGAACGAGACGGCGAUGCACCAAGUGAACGCCUUCAAAGAGGGGCCUGAGAUGAGGAAGGUUUUGGAAAAGGUAGCAAGUGCCUUGUGUUUGCCGGUGGAGGAGCUAAACGCAGAUCUUGUUCAAGUGGCUUUUCUCACCUGCUCAUAUGAGUUGGCCAUAAAAAAUGUGACCUCCCCAUGGUGUUCGCUCUUCAGUGAAGAGGAUGCCAAGAUACUGGAAUACUUGAAUGACCUGAAGCAAUACUGGAAGAGAGGAUAUGGCUAUGACAUCAAUAGUCGCUCCAGCUGCAUUUUAUUCCAAGAUAUCUUCCAGCAGUUGGACAAAGCGGUGGAAGAGAGCAAAAGUUCAAAACCCAUUUCUUCACCUUUGAUUGUACAAGUUGGGCAUGCAGAGACCCUUCAACCACUGCUUGCUCUUAUGGGUUUCUUCAAAGAUGACGAGCCUCUCAGGGCAAACAAUUACAUCAGGCAAGCACACCGGAAAUUUCGCACUGGCCGGAUUGUGCCUUAUGCAGCCAACCUGGUGUUUGUGCUUUACCACUGUGAUCAAGUGAAAACCUCUAAAGAGGAGUAUCAAGUGCAGAUGUUGUUGAAUGAAAAGCUGAUGCCGUUUCAUCACUCAAAUGAAACCAUCUCUACUUAUGCAGACUUCAAGGACUAUUACAAGGACAUCCUUCAAAACUGUCACUUCAAAGAAGUGUGUGAGUUGCCAAAGGUUAAUAUUACUGCCAUUGACGAACUUUGAGGGAAUGAAAUGGAGUGGAUGUUUUGGAAAUCGCUCUCAGUUCUCUUCAACAGAGGUUGUGAACAAGCACUUUUUAUGAUUUGCUGCUGCUGUGUGGACUUUCUAAACUUGCAGAUUUGAUAGCCGUUACUUCCCUGGGUUGUCUUGGUCAGCUGAAUGCACUGUUUGUUUAUUACAUAAGCAAAAGUACAAAAGCAAAUUCUGUAACAGGAAUGUCACUGAGUAUUUGUAACAAAUGUGAUGCAAGAUGAAGCGUACCUGUAUGUUUAUGUGUACAAAUAAGUAAUUUCCUAGGUCAUUCCUCUUAUGAAUGUGCUGUAGAUAGAUUUAAGAGCUGAGACAAUUUUUUAUUUUGUCAGAGCUGAAAGUGCUUGAACUGAUUCAGUAUUGCUUUGCAUUGCCUUGUUUCUUAGCUAUUGUUCUCCUAUGUCAGGCAUGAAGUACUCCAAAUCUGUGAGCUUUUUUGUUCCUUUUCCUGAGCCUCUAGGAGGGAGAGGGAACAAACUCCUUCUCCACAGCCGACCAACUUCUCCCUGGACAGCACCACGUGAACAUCUCACCUGGGGACUGAAAGCAUGAAGACUUGCUGUGUUUCUGUGUGCAUUAUCUGCCUGAAAAAGGCGAACGAUUUACAGUUCUUAAAGUCCUCAUCGACCCAUCCAGCAUAGCAAGUUAGCCAGCAGGGUAAGUAAGUUCUCAACAAGAAGGAGCUGGGGAAGAGAGAGGGAGUGGGAAAUAGCCACUUUUCCUUUGAAGUGCUCUGGGGUAUGCAGCAGUUGUUCUCUCAGCUGUUUGCUGUUUCCUUUUACUUGACACCAUCAAUUCCUUGUGUUAAAUGUUUGGGCUGGGGCAUUCAGGGUAGGCUCUGUUAGGGGGUUGAACAUCUCGGUCCUCCUCAGAUACUGACAGUUUUCUUAGAGCCUCUGGUUGGAAGGGACCUCUGGAGGUCUCCAGUCCAUCCUGCUUGAAACAGGAUUAUUGCUAACCCCAAAUCUGGGCAAGCUUCUGACUUUGAAAAGUAUCUGUCUGAAACUUGACUUCUGCUAGCAGGAAAGCACUGAACCUGGUAUCACUUACGUAGGCCUUCUAUAUUUGAUAUGCCAGCUUGUUCUUGAAAUAAAACUGGUUUUAAAGAAAUUAAUUGCAUAAAGAUACCGGUGAUCUCUGAGAGUGUCUACACUUAAAGCAGGCUUACUUGCUGCUGAAAAUUUGAGAGUAUUUUAGAGUACUACAGUACAGCAGAAAAAGGAAUGAUGAAGAUAAUUGUCUAGAAAUGCCUGAAAUAAAAAACGCAAGUCAAGUUAAAAUCCCUUCAUUGUCCCUAAGGGAACAGCUAGGUGAACAAGCUGUCCCAAAACAAAUGAGGGUGUGGUUUUAUGGUGCUGGCAGCUCCUGAAAUGAGCACUUGCACCCUAUAACGAGUGCUCCAGAGCUCAGUCCGUAAAGUGAGGGGUAGUUUGCUUUGUUCACUGGGAAGGGGGGUAAAGGGGUGGUAUAAGCAGUUACAACAGGGUAUUGUAUGCAAUAUAAACAUUUAUACCCUCAUUUACUUCAGGGUAGCCUCACCUGCAGAACUGAAAACUUAACUGCUGAAAAAAAGAAAAGAGAGAGAGAGAGAGGUUUCUGUUCAGUGUGACACAGAAACCUGUUUCAUUAGUGCACUGACUUCUAUGGAGACCGUGGUUCUGCUCACUGAAUAUACUCACAAAAAAUGGUGAAUACUUUAGCAUAAAUAAAUGGUAAAAUACUCGUGUAUUUUAGCUCUGUGGAUCUGUUUCUGAAAUAGGUGAAUGGCUAGGGAGGAAAUCAGUACUUAAACACACGUAGGAAUAUAGGUCAGGAUACUUGUCAGCAGCAGCAUAAAAGUUUUAUUGCUGUUUUAUAUCAGCUUUCUGUGUCUCCUUUUUAGCAUGAUCCUGCUCUGAGACUGAGUCAAUUGAUCAUAAGAGGCAUCUGCCACAGUAAUUUUAAACUUUAUUGUGAGACAAUGUUUGAGGCAAGUGACAAAGAAUAAACCUUGUUUAAAGGCAAUAAAGUUUGGUAAAUAGCAGAUGCAAGAUUGAGAAAAUUCACCUUUGAACAAUUUUUUGUGGGUGAGUCAUCCUAUUCUGUGAUGAGUCAUGAUAAGAACAGAAGGGAUGAAAGCCUGACUGCUGGAGAUGAAUGGAAGAUUUACCUUUGUCUGUUUCGUGUUGGAUUGAUUUUACCCAUCGUAUUUGUUAAAAGAUAAGGCUGCCUUCUUUGCAGAGGAAGAACACAUUACCCUCUUUUUUUUUUUUAUCAUGUGCCAGACAAGGUGGAAGAACCAAAUAAUCCCUUCUGUAGUGAAACAUCGUUUGCUUCCACAUUAAAGUUGAUAGUAUGAUAAAUAAAUAUUGGGCAAAGGGACUUCAUGGAUGGCUCAUCAGAGGCUGUUCCCUAUUUUGCCUAGGAGUACAGGUCCACUGUAUCUCUUACUGAUGAUGUAUCUUCAGUGGCUAUCACCAAUUAAUUGAGGAGAAAUGUGCCAUUUGGUUUGUACGGGUUUGUAUUUACAGGCUGCACUGACUCACUCAGCUGGCAUAACUAGAGGCUGGAUGUGGAAACUUGGCACAAUCGUAGCAACAGGAGUGUUUGGACCUGUGUAUAUGUGCUAGGCACUUGUCCAUGUGACUAAUUCUCACUUCUAGGGAUGUUCUCACUUCAGGAUGACCCUGUUAUUAAAGAAAAGAAAAAAAAAAAAAAAAGCAAAACACACAGAGUAUAACAACCAAAAAUACGUGUGUAUUUCCUCCUAAAAAGGAAAACUAAAACAGAUCAACAUAUUUCCCUAAAGUUGGCACUAGCUCAGUGAGCAGGGUGUGGAGAGGCUACCACAUCUAAUGGCACUGCAAGUGACCACAUCCUGAAAAAGCCCUGCAUGGAAAGUGAUGCUUUCUCUUCCCACAUGCAUCUCUGACAGAACACCUCAUCUCAGUCCUCCAGUGAAGACUCUGUUUGUAACUUUACUCAAACUGGAACCUUUCAUGUAUGAAAAAUACUGACAGUGUUCUUGGACACUGGCAUUGAAUACAUUUGAAAUAUAUUUAAUUUUGCUAUAUGUCUAAAGCUUUACUAAUGUUUCUGGCAAACUCAUUUUUCCUUCUUUUUAAGUACUGUUAGUGUAAUUCUGGUAAGCAUGGAGCUGCCUAAUCGCUGUACGUGACAUGAAUUUGUGAUCAUGUGGGACUAACUGGAUGCAUUUUGAGAACUCGGUUUGGAUCUUUAGUGAUGUGAAAUAAAGCUGCACACUUUCUUCAUCUGUUUUAUCAGCAAUAAUAAUAACGCGAUCUGUAUCAUCAUGGCUGUGUUCUGCUUCAAAUACAUUUGGUAAGUCGCUAUUAC